CAUUAGACAAAAUGAUAACAUUAUUUCUGGUUCUAAUGAAAUAGCUGAGACUUUCAAUGAAUAUUUUUCUACUAUCGGAGACAAAAUUGCAAAUUCCGUUGAUUCUGGAAAUACUCACAUUAGUUCAUACAUAAGUAAAUCAUCCACGACUUUUGAGUUUGAUACUCUAUCCGUUGAUAAAGUUUUACAUUCAUUUCAUGCUAUAUCCUCCUCUAAGGCAAUCGGAGUUGAUAAAAUUCCAAUGAAAGUAUUGAAACUUUCUAUAGCCAUUAUAGCGCCAUCUAUGACUAAAUUCUUUAAUUAUGUAAUUCAGAAUGGGGUCUUUCCUCGCGAUUGGAAGGUAGCCAAGGUUAUACCUCUUCAUAAGAAAGGUUCCAAAAAUUUGUUGGAUAAUUAUCGCCAAAUCUCUAUCCUUCCAGCUAUCAGCAAGGCCUUUGAAAGUAUACUUUAUGAGCAACUACAUGGCUAUUUAUCCAAUGCUAGCAUACUUUCGAAAUGUCAAUUCGGUUUCAGACGAUAUCACUCUACAACUACGGCUCUUCUUGAUAGCACUAAUCAAUGGUAUUCAAAUAUGGAUAAAGGUUUGCUUAAUAUUGUUGCUUUUUUAGAUCUUAAAAAAGCUUUUGAUACCAUUGAUCAUGAAAUCUUGAUUGAAAAGCUAAAUAUGUAUGGGGUAAAACGGCAUUCAUUGGGGUUACUUGAAUCAUACAUAACAAAUCGGUCACAAAAAUGCUUUAUAAAUGGUACAUUAUCUCAUUCUAAACCGAUUACGUGUGGAAUUCCUCAGGGAUCGAUUUUGGGGCAACUAUUCUUUUUAGUGUAUAUUAACGAUCUGCCUAAUUGUUUAAUAAUACUGUACACCGAGGAUGUUUGCAGAUGA